AUGAACGGAUACAACCAGUUCUGGUGCGUACAGCGCCAGCAGAACCGGUUCGUCUCUGUGCCGCCCUACACCUACUGUGAUGCGCCGCCCGCCAAGCGGCUGACGCUCAACGAGGACGACGACGAGCCGUGCGGGCCCGUCUGCGCCACGUGCUUGCGCGAGUUUAGCAGCCGGGCGGAGCUGCGCGAGCACGAGCGCUGCCGCAGCUGCCGCUGCCGCCGCGGCUCGAAGCCGUGCGGCCCAGUCCACUGCCAGUUGCCGCGCUCAACAUCCCGUGCGACCUCUGCGUGUGACGGAACUGGUCCGGCGACUCUCACCAGUCCGACCGUCUCUGCUGCCGUCCCUGCUGGCGGCGUUAGCUCCACCACCGUCGCCGUUGGUGGGGCCAGCCCCACCUUCAUCUCAUCUGUCGGCGCCAGCUCUACCACCUUCACCGCGAGUGGGGCCAGCUCCACCUUCCUCUCAUCUGUCGGCGCCAGCUUUACCACCGUCGCCGCUGGUGGGGCCAGCUCCACCUCCAUCUCAUCUGUCGGCGCGAGCUCUACCACCGUCGCCGCUGGUGGGGCCAGCUCCACCCCCAUCUCAUCUGUCGGCGCCAGCUCUACCACCGUCGCCGCUGGUAGGGCCAGCUCUGCCUCUAUCUCAUCUGUCGGGACCAGCUCUACCUCCGUCGCCGCUGGUGGGGCCAACCCUAUCUCCAUCUCAUCUGUCGGGUCCAGCUCUACUUCUGUACCCGCCGGCGGAGCCAUAUCCACUUCCGUCCCCGCCGGUGGGGCCAGCUCUACUUCCGUCCCCGCCGGUGGGGCCUGCUCUACUUCCGACUCCUCUGUUGAGGCCAUCUCCACUUCCGUCAACUCCGUCGGGGCCAGCUCCGCUUCCGUCCCCGCCGGUGGGGCCAGCUCUACUUCCGUCUCCUCUGUUGAGGCCAUCUCCACUUCCGUCAACUCCGUCGGGGCCAGCUUCGCUUCCGUUCCCGCCGGUGGGACCAUCUCCACUUCCGCCCCCUCUGUCGGGGCCAGCUCCACUUCCGCCCCCUCUGUCGGGGUCAUCUCCACUUCCGCCCCCUCUGUCGGGGCCAGCUCCACUUCCGCCCCCGCUGUCGGGGCCAGCUCCACUUCCGCUCCCGCUGUCGGGGCCAGCUCCACUUCCGUCUCCUCCGUCGGGGCCAGCUCCACUUCCGUCCCCUCUGGCGAGGCCAUCUCUGCUGUUGUGCACGACGUCCAGACCGCCUCGUCUGCCGCUGCCGACCGGAGCACCCGUGCCGCUGCGUCUGCCGACAGGGGCGCUGUGGCGUCUCUGGUCGGCGGCCGGGUGAGCCCUGGUGCCGUCAUAGCCGAGAGUCGGGUGCGCCUGACCGGCCCGACCGUGUCCCCUGCCGCCCGGCCUGACGCGGCGCCGACGGCCGGCGGCGGGCCUGCAGCUGCCCCCAGGGCGCCGUCCGAGACGGAUGCUAGCGGUGCCGGCUCGGCUUCGGGACUGGACCCGGCUGGGGGCGGGCCUUCCAACGCAGUCGGCAGGGGUGAGGCCCUGACAGCAACGGCUUCAGCCCACGGCCGACCCCGCCGCGCAGGCGUCGAGCAGUACUACGGCGUUGUCAACCGGUUCUACCGGGAGGAGGUACGCGCCUCGGCCACCUCUGCUGUCGUCAGGGCAAACGACCGGCGGCCCAGUGCGGCGGCCAGUGAGGACGCCGAGGUGGACGGCGACCGGUCCCCGGACUGUGGCGUGGGCUCCCCGCCGGACCUUGGUGAGACUGCAGCCCAGACUGCGUCGGACUGCAGCCCAGACCGGCCGCCGUGGCGCGGCCGCGGCGACAGUCCGGUGCCCGAGCGGCUGCUGGCUGUGCUCCGGCGGCCGGCCUUCGUGCUGCUCCAGCCAGUGGACGACGUGAUCGGCGACCCGAACGAGCCAGUGGUGCGCGCCGCCGCCUACAUCGUGCACGGCGACGAGGUGGUGGGCAGGCGGGUCUGCGCUGACCGGGCCCAGCUCGCGCCGGCAGCCGAGACGGAGCUGAGUGCUCUGGGCGAUGAACCCCGCGGACCUGCCGGAUUGUCUCCGAAAGGUCAACCUCAGCAGAAAAGGGUUAAACAGAGCGAGACGGCGCAGAAGGCGACGGGCAAGCGAAAAGCAGCUACAGGUAACGCUGACUGUCAAGCGAAACAAUCGAGAGGGCUCCGCACCGAUCGGGGGAGGAGGGCUGUGCAGACGUCGCUGGCCCAGUACCUGGAGCCGAGUGGGAGUGGUGCGGCCGCGGCCUACCCGGGGUCGGAAGCGGGCCAAUCCGUGACGGUGCCUGAUGGCGGGGAUCAUCCGCUGGCCUCCGCCGCCGCCGACAUUGACAAUGGUUCGGAGGGGGAGACGACGGCUGGGAACAGGAAGCGUCGCGAGGGUCGAGACCGUCUGGUUUCGUCCGACAAAGACCCGGGGGACGAACCAGACCGCAGCAAUGCUGAGGGGAUGGUGAUGGUACGCCGCCGCCGCCGCCGCCACUGCCCACUGUCGUCCGAUAGUGAGCGCUCCGCGCACGAGAGUGGUGACGACGCCGCGACAGCGCGUAGACCGACCCGCCGUCGCCGGAGCCCGCCCUCGUCGGACGCUGAUUCCCAGAACAGCGAGCGGGAGGUCGUGGCGACGGGGCGGAGGCUCACUCGCUGCCGGCGGCGGGCCGCUCGGUUGGGCGGCAACUCCCGGGACAGCGAGAUGGACGCCGUGUCAAGGGCGGCGCGCAGUCGGCGCCGCGCGCGCGUCUUCUACGCCGAACCGCGCUCGGAUGCCGAGGAGCCGGCCUCGCCCAGCUCGCCCGAGUACCAGCCGGAGUCGGUCGACUGGGGCGACGACGACCGCCGCUCAUCUGCUGCCGACAACGGGCUGGCGUCGGACGCCGGCUCGGAGGCGUCGGCGACCGAGGGUGCGCCGCGCGUCGUGCUGCCGCGCGCCCAGCUGCGGCGCGUCGACGGCCUCGACGUGCAAGAGAUCCUGGGCAUCGCUGCGCCCACGCAGGCGGUCCGUCCGUUCCGUAGCGAUGAGCUGGUGGGCGUGCCGGUGGGCGCGGCGCCGUCGGCGGCCGACUGGGACGCCGUCAUGUCGCAGUGGGUGGCGCUGGCCCGGCAGCACCGCGCCCGCCUCUGCGAGGUGAAGCGGCGCGCUCACCAGGAACGGACCGUCGUAGGGGCGCGACAGCGGCGGCUUCACAGCGGCAUGCCGGACAAACACGUGCGACGCGUCCGCGAGCGCACGUGGAACGUAGCUGUGCGCGUCGGUUGA